AUGAUGAAGGGUCAAUGCAUGCCGAGGCUGAAAAGCAACUCAUUCAAGAACAAGAUUCCGUCUCCGAUGACAUUGUUAGAGCGUUUCAGGGAAGCUGUUUUCCGGUUAAUGAUGUUGUCUGCAUUUUCAAAAACCACCACCAGCAAUCACGGUGGUUCAGGUGAUGGAGAGAGGCAAAGACGUUAUAGCCACUAUGAUACUCAUCACAAUAGCGAAGCUGUAGCAGAUUGCAUUGAGUUUAUCAAGAAAAAAGCUAUCGCUGAUACAGAUGAGAAAAACCGGCUCUCUAGUGCUAGUAGCUCCGACGACACGUCGGAGAUCAUGGUCUCUUUGUCUGUCAUGUCGAGUAACAUGUAG